CUCUCUCUCUUUCUCCCUCUCUCUCUCUCCACCUUCUCUCUCUUGGGAUAAGCGAUGCCAAACGGGAACAAAGCGGCGUGAAAGCUGGACGGUUUUGUAGAAUGAGCGGGCGCGUGCUGAACGGCAAAAUGCUGCAGCUCCCGGCUCCACGGCGCGCGGGGAGGACAAUGCACUUUCUGUCAAGUUGGGAUGAGAGCAGUUCUAUCAGCAGUGGUCUGAGUGACGGCUCAGACAACCUGAGCUCUGAGGAGUUCAACACGAGUCCCACUCUCAACUCCCUUCCCACCACUCCAAUCGGCUCCCGCAGAAACUCAGCCAUAGUGAUGCGCACGGAUGCAGAGAAGAGAUCUCUGGUGGAGAGCGGUCUGUCCUGGGACUCUGAUGAUACCAAACCCAGCCGCAAGAGCCAGGGCGGCAGCAUCUACGACACAGGAAGUCUCAAGUCUGAAUCAGCCAAUAAAUGGAAAAAGACAAGGCCGCCGGGGGAGGGGCUGGAAGGAGGGAAGGGCGAACUUAAGAAACCUCAAACCCUGGGUCAAGGAAAUGUGUUGAAGAAAGGAAGAAACCCACCUGUGGGAGUCACAUCCCCGAUCACCCACACCUCUCAGAGUGGGUUGAAAGUAGCAGGUACAGUAAAGUCAGAUGGGAAGCCCAUGGAUAAGUCUCGGUUAGCAGUGAAGACUUCAGGUCUUCAGCGCUCCUCUUCUGAUGCUGGUAAAGACCACCGGAAUGGCACCAGUGGUGGUGAACAACGUAAACCUCCAUCCGGCCUGGUCAGGCCCUCAACGGGUGGAAACUUUGGCUUCAAGAAACCCACCACAGCUACCAGUAAUGGGACAAACAAUGCCAGUAUGCACACUGUGAUGAGCACAGGUGGCAGUGCCAUACCCAGCGGCUCUGCCACUGUGGGGAAGAUUCCCAAAACAUCGGGUAUUCCUGUCAAACCAGGUGCUGGUGGUGGUGGUGGUGGAGGACGUAAGACAAGUCUGGAUGUUUCAAGCAGCGACCAGAGUGGUUUUCUGUCGCCUAAUGCCAGGACGUCUCUCCAGUACCGCUCUCUGCCUCGUCCUGCCAAGACAAGCACCCUGACUCUAACCCGGCCGAGCUCAGCUCGCCCAGUGAGCACUACCAUGGACACAGGCUCUGGACUGAUCAAACCCUCCACUACAGCACCCCAGGGCUCGAGGCUCAAAGAACCCGCCUCAGGGCUUAACUCUGGAACAGGGUUGAGUAAGGCAGGGGGUCGUGGCAUCCCAAGUCCCAGUCCUGUCAAUCAAACAGACAGAGAGAAAGAGAAAGAGAGAGCCAAAGCCAAAGCUGUUGUGUCUGACUCUGAGUGUGGAGGCGCGUCUCUGAAGGGCAGUCCUGCUCAGACCCCCUCAGAGAACGGAGGGAAGCUCCAGGGUCUAAGACCUCCAAGCACUCUGCCCUCACCCAACACACACAGAUUAUCUGGGGUACGCAGCCUGGUGAAGCCUCCAUCCAUGGCCCAGCUUGAUAAGCUGAACUCCAACAGCCUGGAGGUUGGGGUACAGGACUCCCUGCCUCCAAAGAUUCCCCCCUACUCUAAGCUGCAGGACCUGGCUAGCUCAGCAGGCAGUUCCUCUGGCUCCUGCCUGACCCCCAGCCCUGCCCCAUUACUCAACGUGAACUCUUCGGCCUGCUUCUCAAGCUCUGGGAUAGGGUUGGGGCCCCGGCAGGUCUCUUCACUCGGAGUUGAAGGGAGCGGAGGAAGCACCUCUCCCCUGCUCUACCCUCGUCUGUCUGGGCUGCAUCGGAGCAUGGAGUCGUUGCCCCUCCAAAUGAGUCUGGCUCCAGAGCCCCAGGAGAGGGAGAAGGUUAGAGAGCGGGAGAGUUUGGUGAGAGGCUACACCACCAUAGAGUCCAGAGACAAAGAAAGACAGGAAGACAGAGGCCCUCCUGCCAGCUGGAGCUCUGGAAGUAAAGUCACGCUGACUCUCACAGACAGUUCUCAGAGAGACAGAAACACACUGCCAAAGAAAGGUUUAAGUUUCAGCGGUGCCUCCCAGGUUGAGGAGGAAGGGAAGGAGAAAGGAGAGAGGAGACACUCUCACACUAUUCUCAGUAUGACCGAUUCGCUCACUCUUCCACUGAUGUCCUCACCCACCUCCCUGCCCCGCACCUCUAAAACCAGUCUGGUACCCAGCCCUGUCGGCGGUCCUCCAAGGAUGACUCGAUCCAACAGCAUCCCAACACACGAUGCCUCCAUGGAGCUGUACGGGGCGUCUCCACUGGGCAGCACUCUGUCGCUGGCCGAGCGUCCCCGCAGCAUGGGAAUGGUUCGCUCCGGAUCCUUCAGGGACAAAGAGCCAGAUGAAGUCCAUGGGUCUGUACUCUCCCUGGCAUCCAACGCCUCGUCGAGCUACUCCUCGGUGAGUGUGGGCGGCAUGCAGACUCAGGCUGAGGAAAGGAUUCAGGGAGAGCAAAUCCGCAAGCUGAGGAGAGAGCUGGAGUCGUCCCAGGAGAAGGUGUCUAACCUGACCACACAGCUGACAGCAAACCAGGCAAAUCUGGUGGCUGCAUUUGAGCAAAGUUUGGCAUUGAUGACAACACGACUUCAGAGUCUGUCAAUAAGCCAUGAGCAGAAGGAUUCAGAGCUGCUGGAGCUGCGGGAGACCAUCGAGUCCCUGAAGGCCAGGAAUGAAGAGGCCCAGGCUGUCAUACAUGGAGCUUUAAACACCCCAGAUAACAUGAAAGACCUGCGAAUUCGACGUCAGAACUCAUGUGAGAGCAUCUCGAGUCUUAACAGCCUGACAAGUAUGUCGAGCAUUGGCAGCUUGAAGGACCAAGAUGCCAAGAAGAAGAAGAAAAAGAGCUGGCUGCGGAGCUCCUUCAACAAGGCAUUUAGCAUUAAGAAAGGUUCCAAAACCUACUCGGACAUCGAGGAAAUCGCCACGCCGGAUUCCUCAGCUCCCAAUUCCCCAAAGAUGCCUCAUGAGGGGGGAGAAGGAGGGGAGAACGAGCUCUCAUCCCUCAAAACCUCAGCUUCUGCCACCUCCUCUGUCAUCAUGGAGACUACAGAAGAGGGGGACAAUGAGGAAACGGCGGUAUCAGAUCUACGCUCAGAACUCUGGGUGAAAGAGAGGGAACUGACAGACAUCCGACUGGAGGCCUUAAACUCCGCUCACCAGCUGGAGCAGCUCAGAGAAGCCAUGAACAACAUGCAGUCAACGGUGGAGAAUUUGAAGGCAGAGAAUGACCAUCUGAAAACAGGAAGUCAGCUCAAUCUCCCAGGUUCUGGUCCCACCUCCUCCACCUCCCAGCCUUCAGGCCUGGCCUCUCUCUUGGGGCCCUCGCUGAGGCAGCCGAUGAGCAUGUCCCUCACCAAGUCCUUCAGCCUCAGUCUGAAUGACUGUAAAGAUCCAGACGUGUCUCCAGUUGAAAUGCUAAGUGUAUCCUCCCAGCGGGAUGAGGUGUCUGCACGAGUACUGGUCCGGAUUGGAGAUCAACCAGAGGACAGUAAACAGCAGCAGGAGUAUUACUUGGGCUCAGUGCCCGUCAAUGCAAGGACUGACUGGGCCUGUCUCGACUCUCUCAUAGCUAAGAUCUUCAAAGACUAUCUAACUCAAGUGGACCCGACAGCCAGCCUGGGUCUGUCCUGUGAUUCGCUGCAUACGUACCAGCUGACCCAAGGAGGGCAGAGGGUGAUAGGAGGGGACAAACCUCAAGCCUCACCGUAUCGUUGUCUCAGCAGUGGUUCAGCUCGAAUAUUUGUCACCUUGAAAGGUCUUAGAGAAAAAUGUGUUGACUCACUGGUGUUUGAGACUCUGAUUCCUAAGCCCAUGAUGCUGCACUACAUCAGCCUGCUGCUGAAGCACAGGCGUCUGGUUCUGUCUGGGCCCAGUGGGACAGGAAAGACUUACCUAGCUCAGCGUCUGGCCCACUACCUCCUGCAGCGCAGCCGCACCGACUCUUCCGAGGCCGACCACGAGACCUGUCUCCUGGGUCGCAGCGCCGCUGUCACCUUCAACAUGCACCGUCAGUCGCAGAAGGAUUUGCAGUUGUAUCUGUCCAACCUGGCGAAUCAGAUUGACAGAGAGAGUGGAGGAGAGAUGCCACUGGUCGUUAUCAUAGAUGACAUCAGUGAUUCUGCAGCCAUCACAGAGCUUGUUAACGGAGCGCUCACCUGCAAGUAUCACAAAUGUCCAUACAUCAUUGGCACGACUAAUCAGCCAGUGAAGAUGUCAUCCAACCACGGACUGCACCUCAGCUUCAGGAUGGUGAUGUUCUCCAACAACGUGGAACCAGCAAAUGGGUUCCUGCUGAGGUACCUGCACCGUAAAGCUGUGGAGGCCUACCAGGAGGAGGAGAAGGACUCCACAUGCCACCAAGCUCUCCUCCGCGUACUCGACUGGGUCCCUCAACUCUGGUACCACCUCCACGCGUUUCUGGAGAAACACAGCACUUCAGACUUCCUUAUAGGUCCCUGCUUCUUCCUGUCCUGCCCAGUAUCAGUGGCAGAGUUCAGGCAGUGGUUUAUUGACCUGUGGAACCACUCCAUCAUACCGUACCUCCAAGAGGGAGCCAAAGACGGCAUCAAGGUCCACGGGCAGAAGGCAGUAUGGGAGGAUCCAGUGGAGUGGGUGAGAGGCACCCUCCCUUGGCCCAAUGCACAGCAAGACCAGUCCAGACUCUUUCACCUACCUCCCCCCAGCAUAGGUGCAGCCAGUGAGGAGAAGAAGCCCCCCAAAGAUACACCUCCACCCAGCACACUGGAGUCAGACCCGCUGAUGGCCAUGCUGCUGAAGCUGCAGGAGUCGGCCAACUACAUCGAGUCUCCAGAGCGGGACGGCAGUCUGGAUCCCAGUCUGCAGGCUACACUCUGAGGAUAACAUCUGACUGUCAGUCGAGCUAUGGAACUAUGGACUCUUUAUUACGGCUGACACAGCGAAUGCAGUCCCAAUGAGACUUUAAAGACUCGAUAAUGAACUUAACUGUGUGCUCAGUGAGCAGUUACAAAGCUAAAUGUAAAGGAUCUAGAGAGAGAGAGAGUGAAUAUGGACGAAGGGUUUGCUCUGCCCUGGUAUUACGACAUUGGAAAGACAAUUCAACUGCUUUCAUAGGAAGCUGUGAUGAUCAUGUCAGGGAAAGAUAUUGAUUUGUCUCUUCUCUGCCCCCAGUUUGUCCCAGAUAGGUUAUUGUUGAAUCUGCAAGUGCAUGGUAACCGGAAUAGUAUGAUGCAAAAUAUUACCUAUAAUCCUACUGAUCAAGACCCAUUUGUUCCCUUUUCUUUUGUUUGUGUUUGACUACCACAACUUUCACUACAACUAUUGGUGCUUACUGGUUUUUCUUAGAAGGCACGUGCUUCAUUUCCGAAUGAAAUUCACCUCAGAAGUAAAAGAGUCUGAUUUCCCCAAAAGUCAGAGCAUCACUCAACAACAGCCAAAAAAAUGCACUUUAUUUUCUACACGUGGUAAUUGGAUUUAAGGCGGCUGUGUCAGUGACUGUGCAUCAAAUGGGGGGGUCGGACUAUCGGUUUGGCCAAAUCAUUAGCAGUUCAUUAAAAAUUCCUCUAGAUGGCAGCAUCCAGUAACUCCUGCCUCAGUGCCCUCCUGGUGUGCUUUUUGUCUUAUCAAAGGUGCUCGGUAAAAUAUAACACACACUCAGUAACACAACAACAAAAAUUGCCUUGAAUGUUUUUUUUCUUUUCUUUUCGGUGCAGCCGUUGAGUCAUUCGUGGAGCAAGUGUCACACCUGUGAAGGUGUAGGAGUAACAUGCAUGGGUGAAUGAUGAAUUGAAAAAUGAAUCAGUUUCAGGGUCAGUCUGUGCAGUAAAAUGUCAUCGUCAGUUGACUCAGUAGCCAGUGGUUUACUCCAGUAAAUACACUGAUCCUAACCACAGACAUUGACCCCAGACUCAACAUAGUGUAUUGUAAACACACAAGAGAAAACUCAAAAACUGCUUGUUUAUCUAGUCUGCCAAAACGGCCUACCAUUUCUGGCUAUGCUUGCUUCUAUCCUGUAUUUAGAUAUCAGUUUUAAAACACAAACUUCUCUUGUGAUUGCUGAAGAUACAGCUUUGAAAAUCUUGAUUUUGUAGGUUUUUAUACUGAGUCAUCUUCACUGAGCAUCUGCAUACAAUUAUCACCUAGUAUAUAUAUAUAUGCAUCCAACAUGCCGUUAUCAGCAAGAGCAGACAGCGUAAAUGAGUACUUCCAUCGUCACUGUUUCAUUUCUCAUUCAUAAUCUUACUGGAGGAAGAGGGUGAACAUGAGUGAAAAAAUCUGCCAUCGAGCGAUAAGAAAAUGUACAAAAACCAUUUCCUUCCUCAUUGCAUUUGCUCUCUGUAUCUUUUCACGAGAGUUUUGAAUAGUAUGAAUUGGUUGAAUCUCAAUUUAAAGUGGCUUCCUCUCAUUGCUUUCCUUCAUUCUUUUGCACAUAAUAUAUGAUAGAAAGUAUUAGAUUACAACGAGUAUUUAUUGCUCACAUCCUGACUGUUCAUAUGAAGGAAAUCAGCAAAAAAAAAAAAAAAAAAAAAAGGUGUGUUAAAGGAGGAAGCUGUAGGUAGUAGAGAUACACUUAAACCUCUUAGCUCUGUGCCCCUUGACCCUGAAGUACCUCAGACUGCCAUAUUCUGUCCAGAUGUUCCUCUACUUUUCAAGCAGCCGAGUGCUGGUGGAAAGUAGAGACAUGAUGCCUAAGUCUUAUCUGUGCCUGAAACACAAUUUGGCCUAAAGCUGCUUUCGAGCUGCUUUAAUCUACCACACGGAGGCCUCGAUUCACUUCCUCUCACCUACUCUGAUGUCACUUAAAUGUCGUCACCUUGAUGCCCCCGCAUUUGGGUGGAGAGUGGGUUAUUGAUUUGGGCCUAUUGCUGGUAGUUAAGGUAACGUGUGUGUCAGUUAACUCUGCAGUAGAUGAGAAUGUGUAUCAUGAGUGUGUGUGAUUUGACACCAUCUACAUAAACUUCAAGUGUGAAAGACUGGACAUCUUUGAGACAGUUGCCUGCGAGUGGGAAGCAGCAUAAGAACAGAUAUUAGCCUGGAGAUGUAAUGUCGAUGCAUGUAUCCCUUGUGUGCUCCCAAAGUUUUGCUUCAUUGGACCUACCACACUUAAACCUUAUCACGGGAGGGAUUUUUAAUAACUGGAUAUCUUCCUUUUUUGCAUUGUUUUUAAGGGCAGACAUUUGUUGUUUUGUUUUUUUUCUUAUGCAAAUAUUUGUAAAGGUUUCUUUCUCUUUUGUACAUGACAUCACUAUUGUAAACACUGUAAAUAGUCAGUGCAUCUGCGACAACAAUCACUAAAAAAAAAAAAGAAAAAGUAGAGGUCUAAGAGAAGGCAUGGCUCCUGUAUGCAGAAAACGGGCGUUCUCAGUGGUUUUAUUGUCUUCCUCCAAUAGGAAGGAGCACUUGGCUUAAAAGGGGACCUAAUAAUGGUUGUAUGGCAUGUCUCUAUAACCACAUCAAAUCCCAUAUGUCUAACAUUGAGCAAUGGACACAAUAAAAUCAUGCCAUUCUUCACAUCA